AUGGCUCGUUUCCAGUUCGCUCUCUCUGCUAUGCUUGCUCUUGCCGCCAGUAGUUCCAAUGCCUUCACCAUUGGUUCGCCCUCUGGCCUUGCUGCCGGCACCACUGGUGGAGCAGGCGGAAAGACCGUGUAUCCAGCCUCAAACAAUGAGCUGGUAAGCUACCUCGCCUCAAACGACGCUCUCGUGAUUGUGUUAAACAAGACCUUUGACUUUCGGGGCACUGAGGGGACAACUACCGAAACCGGAUGCCGACCGGACUACACACGCGAGUGCAUGGCCAAGAAGAACGGCUACAAGAGCCAGGAUGUGAUCAUCACCGGUGGAAGCAUGGCCAACACUGGAGGUUGCACCGGCGGAACCCAGAUCAAGCUGACCUACGACAAUGCCGCUCGCAAACGAAUGACCGUGACGGGCAACAAAACCAUCCGUGGCAUUGGCAAGAGCGGUGUCAUUAAGGGCAAGGGUCUGAUGCUGGACGGCGACAAUAUUAUCUUGCAGAACAUCCACAUUACGGAGUUAAACCCGCAUGUGGUCUGGGGUGGAGACGCAAUCUUCAUGCAGGGGAAGCAAGCCAAAACAGCGCUCAACAAGAUUUGGCUCGAUCACAUCAAGAUAUCCCGCAUCGGUCGCCAAAUGAUCGUCACGAACAAGGCUGGUGCUGCCACGAUGACCAUCAGUAAUUCGGACUUCGACGGAAACACGGAAUACUCUGCGACGUGCGACGGACACCACUACUGGACCUUCUUGUUCUACGGCAAGAACACCGGCGUCAGCAUGCUUAACAACUACGUGCACGGCACUUCCGGCCGCUCCCCGAAAAUUGGUGGCAACCCGAAUGAAAAGGUCGUCGUCCAUGUGGCCAACAACUACUGGGGCAACAGCACGGGCCACUCGUUCGAGCUCGGUGUCAACGGGUAUGUGCUCGCUGAAGGCAACUACUUCGAAAACACCAAGCAGCCUUUAUACGUUGGAACGGAUGGGUCUCUAUACGCUGCGAGCAGCAGUGACGAAUGCUCCAAGUACUUGGGUCGUUCGUGCGCGGCUAACACACUCGUCGGCAGCGGCAGCUUCCAGUCUCGUAAUGGCGGAAACGCUCUCAAGACAAUCAAGGGUGUCUCUACUCUUGUGAGCUACAAGCCGGAUAUCACUGAUACUACGAGCGGCUCUCAGCAGCAACAGCAGCAGCAGCAGCAAUCUUCCCAGACGGGUGAAUCGGCCAAAGAGGAGUCUUUCGUUACCAGUGGCUCGGACCAGCAGCAGGUUCAGCAGCAGCAGCAAUGGGGUGGCUCGCUGCCGUAUCAGAAGCCAAGCGCUGGAUCUAAAUCUAGAAAGCUGGCCGUCAAAACGAUCAACUUGGCUAAUGAGUGGAAGAAGACCACGGGCAACUUUGGCGUUGGCAAGUUGGACUAA